UAUAUUUUUGUGUAUAUUUAAGGAAAAAUAUGUGGUGCAUAUUUAUUCAGAGUACACACUUAUGCUUUCUUUUGAAAACAUUUCGAAUUCUUUGUAAACGUGAUGGGGUACGGUUUGUAUUGGGGACGAAAUCAUAUUGAAUAGUCUGGUUCCCUCUGCUGGUUCUCAUGUUAAUGAAUCGGUAAAAUUAUCAAAAUACGAACGCACAGCGGUAAAAACCAAGAAUGGCCAGAGAAAUCAAAUCAAAACUGAAAGGAACAAGUUCUAAAUCAGCGAGAUACAUUAACCCUUUAGUUGUCUCAGUAGUAGGUUUCGUACUCAUAAUUUCAUUCUACUUGAUCUGGAAAUACUAUCACAUCCAACAAAAGUUAAUAACUGAUGAAUCAGAAGAAAACUGGUUAAACAUUGUAUUUAAUAAACUGUGGAAAUCUGAGAAAAAAGAUCCAACAGAGUCAUCAGGAAUUUUGCCUGGGAUAUGGAAUUCCGUUAUAGAUGAUUUUGAAUUUGUCAGAUUGUGCAUCUUUGGAUUCAUUUCAAGAAAUGUGAAUCCUGUUGUUGCCAGUUUUAUUCAAAUUGCUUGUGCAAUGCUUUUGAUAUUCAUUAUAACUAUUAGAUACUGUGGAUACAUUUUCUGGAAUACAGGAAAACAAAGUGCGAGUAAAUCUAAAAAGAAAAAUCUGCAAAUGUCCUGGAGUUCGUUUGCUCGGCAUAUAUCUAUUAAAAGUAUUAUAAAGACGUUGGCCAUUGUGGCUCUGUUUAUUAGCAUACCCAUGGAAUACAUGAGGAUGUACCAAGAACAAGUUGCCACCAAAGUUGCUCACAUGAAAGGUGGAAUUCCCAAGGAAUGUGUUCCAGAGGAGAUGAACUUUAUGAAGACCGUGAAACACUGGAUAAGCUGGGAGUUGUCAUGGAUACACGAGCCGUGUGAGAAGUACCACAAGGCUCUGAUGGUGGACCCCAUGUAUGAGAUCUCACCCCUCAAUGUGCUGUGGUCAGUUUUAGUGCGAGGUGUCCUUCACCCCAUCGAGCUGUUAUUCUCCAGUGUAGGGAAGUGUCUGAAACUCUUCUUCAACGAGAUUCCGGCCCAGUGGCAGCUUCUGAUGUUUGUUUUGAUGGUUGUGGUGGUAGUGGUUGUGAUCAUGGCGGCCUGUAACUACAGGUUGUCUCUACCAUUUGUGAAAAUAGAACCGAAGACACCGGUCACAUCGCCAGUCACAUCGGGACAACGCUGUGGCAGUAUAGGUGGAGACACCCCUCGUAAAAGUAAAAACUCAAAGUUGUGUUCAUAAAGAGAAUAAGAACGAUUCUUAUUUAUAAACUGUGGGAAUAUUUAAUGGAAAUCAGGGAUGAAAAUGUCAGAAGAAUGAUUUUAAUUCCUAUGCAAAUACUGAUGAACUAUUUUUUUAUACGUGAAUUUUACAUGCAUCGAAAUUUUAUUUAAAAUCAUGGAUGUCCAAAGCUUUUUCUCAGGGAAUGUUAUAUAACAUCCUGUUUUUAUCUGAGCUUUAUCAGUACAUGUAGCUACUAUGUAGAAUGGAAUGCAAUAAGAUGUGAUUGUAAUGUAUAAUUCAAAUGUUAUCUGUAUUAAUUAAUACAAAUAUAUAGAUAUGUGCAGCUAAUUGAACAUAUUACUUGUAAAUCAAAUCAUACCGGUAUUUGAUAAUUAAUAAAACUGUAUUUUGAACUACUAAUUUCUUUGACAUCUUUUGUACAGCACUGAUGUUUAACCUGUCUUGUUAUUGUAUCGUGUUUGGGUAUUUCCAGCUGUGGAACACUUAAAUGUAUGAAUGGGUCUCAUCCUGUGUAUGAUAUUUAUCACACACUUUACAAGGUAUCUUUUCUUGUUCUUCUUUGCUCUCAUAUCUUCCUGUUUCAAUUUCAGGAGGUAAAAAAAAACCCCAUCGUUUUGUUAGCCUGGAUUUCUGGUUUCUACUGAUAGAUGAUUAAAAUUAUUAAUAGAAUGAAGUUACCGGUACUGUUGUAUGGGUGUUUUAUUUAGCAUUGUGAAAUGAAAAAAAUCUGCAUUAAUUUAUAAAAUGAUAAAUAAAGAGGUCAGUUUUUGUGACAUACUGAUUUUUUUUUUUGGAUGAAGAGAGUUUUAUGUGAACAAUUUUGUAUUUUAGUAACUUUAAUGAUUUUUAUAAAUGUCAGUGUAGAUUUAUUCAAAUUAUGCCAUUAUUCAAAUAUUCAACGCUAGGUAUUUCAAAUCUAUAGGCACUAUAGCCAUGAUAACUACUUCUCAGACGUAAAUCAAUGACAUGCAUUGAUUGUAUUUCUAUUUUUCUAUAAUUACUGAUACAUGUAUAUUAUGAUAACAUUGCUGAAUGAUUUGUACCCACCUAGAACCUGCAGUCUAUCUUUGGUUGCCACAGUGAUGGUUCCUGAUACAUGUAAUUUGUACUCAAAACGUUUUAUCACUGAGCUACCAACCCGUGCUUUGAUACUAUUCACGUGUAGUCAUUACCUCAUAGCAGGCAUUAUACAGUUCCAUAGUCCCAUUGUUGUUUCUUCUUUAAAUGUUUGUUAGUUUUUUUUCUCUUUUUAAUAUGUUGUUUAUGUUUGUUCAAUAUCUUACACUAUUUGCAAACUUUUAAAACUUUUUUUAAAGAGGGGGGGGGGGGGGGUAAGAUUAUCCAAUUUCGUGUCCUGUCCAUAAAUUUUUAAUCACUGUUAAGAAUUUUCAAAAGUUCCUAGCUGUUUAUAAGCGUUGUGUCAUGACUUUGAUCCGGUGUAAAUAUGACAUGUCUUAAAUAUUUGGUAAUUUUGCUAUCUUAAAUCAAAAUACAAGUUCAAAUUUUUGAAAGGGGAGGGGGGGGGGGGGGUCCGAAACAACCCAACCCCCUUUUAAAAGGUAGAUCCGUUGCGCGCAUGUUUGCAUUCAUCCAAACCCUGAUUCUCUAUUUGUAGUAUCAUUUGUAUUUUGUUAUUCAAAAAACAAUAUUUUUUAUGUUUUGUUGUUAUGUUCAUUAAUAAAGUAAAUGAAUAAAAAUUAAUAAUGAUUUUCCACGUAUUGUAUUAAGAGAAAAAUCCUACGGUAUAUUAUACAUGCAUCUAAACUACUGUAUCCAAUGUAACAAGAGAGUAAACAUCUUCGAUCCUCAGGUCGCCUAAAUUUUAAAUUUAAUCUUUGAUGUAAACGAACACUUUUCAGAUACAUGUAUUUUUAAAAGAUUUUUCAAACAUUGCUGAGGGUCUGACACUAUUAACCGGUCUCAAAUAUUUGUAAUACUUUGAAAAAUAAAAAUAUUGAAUAUUAUACACUGUACAAUGUUUAUGUAAGAAUAAUAUUCGUAUUAAGAACCAAAUAAGUCAUUUUGAUAAUUUAAUAAAAUUUCCAAGCCCUGAAAGUACUUUUAGUUUUAAAACAAAUAACAUCGCACAUUCGCAGGAGUAAUAUAAAAUUGCUGAAGAAUGUGUGAAUUUAAUAUUACCAGUAUAUAUAUUUACGUGUAGUGUUUGGGUGCACCUUGUAUGUAUUUUAUGGGUACAGGUUGUUACACCGCCUGAAGCAAUGCAGAUUAACGACGAAGUGUGGUUCUGUGUUGUACGAGCGUACAAUUAAUGUGUCUCACCUUUUUACGUGUACAUAGUGUUUAUCGUCCACAGAGAUAUUGAUACACACCACCAAGUUGUCUGAUUCCUCACCAUGAACUUUCGGAAAGUCAUUUUGAUAUACCUCGUUGUGUUUGCGUGGUUCGUUGUGUAUCACUUGGUUCUGGGUCAGGACGAGAUUACAUUCUACACGGGGCCCCGUGUCCUUAUUGGACCACCCGCACCAGUCUAUAACCAACCCCUGGGCUUCAACGGGUCCGGAAACUCCGGGGACCUCGUAGGAAUAGGAAUCGCGGGCUAUCUGGUCUAUACACUGCUCAAAUUCCUGGUCCCAUUAGUUUUUAUAUCAUUCGCUGGGCGAUCACUCAGCAACUGAGUUUGGAAUUUCCUCUUGGGUAUUUGUAAAGAAUAAAGUUCUGCAUACAUUAAACUUGCCUUUAUCUAUACUACUUUAUUAAAAUAAUAGACUUUAAAUUUUGGGCUUUAAUACCGAGAAAUCGGAAGAGUACUGUCUUUUGUUUUAUAUAUUUUAAAGAUCAUUGGUACUUGAAGAUUACCAAUUUGUUUUUAUUUUUUCUCAAUCAAGCUUCGCUUCAACGAAAAUUCCUUUAAAAAAUCCGGAAAUCAUCUGAUUUUUUUGGAUUUUACAAUCUUACGCAUGCGUAUUACAUUCACGCUAAAUUAAAGGAGGCUCUUUAGUUUAUGUUUCCACAUUACCACAUUUGCAUGGAUAAACUCAGAAACGAUAUUACAAAUACAUGUUAAUUUUCAUUGAAAAUUUGUCAUAUAUUCAUCAAAGGAAAUACGGGAGAUAACUCUAACUCAGUGCAUUUAAUAUGAAAAAUCCCGAGAGUUUCGAAUGUCAACAUGGUGUGUAAAUUCGGAGCGAGUAAAAAACGUUGGUGAAAAAGUGUUGAAUUCUUCAUAAAUAUGAAUUAAAUUUUUAGAUGAAAAAUAUUUUUAGGCUCAAAAUGGUUUGCUAUGAAUAAUUUAACUGUUAUUUUCAAUGCAAUUUCGGAGCGAUUCUGCAAUGUUUUGCUACAUUACGGGUAUAUGGGAGGCAUUUUAACUCUGGCGAUGGCCUGUCCCGAGACACAGUUAGAUUAUUCAAACUAAACAGAGUAUAGUAAAAUUAAUAGCAUUAUUGUAGGCUUAAAGCUUGGUUAUGUAAAUGUCAACAAUACGGUGUGUUGAUGUAACUAUAAUUCCGUAAAUGUCCGUUAUCAUAUGCAAUGUCAACCCUUGCACGCGCGGGUCAAUCUCUAGUUUUAUUAAAGGGGAUACAUGGGAUAUGAAUAUCGGGUUUGUCAAGUGAUCAAAUCCCAUAAAGCCAAAGAGGAAGAAUUAU